CAUCUCAUCGUUGUGCUGAGCACACACUCACUCUCUAUCUUCGUUAGCCUUGGUUUUUAUUUUGUGACGAAUUUUCUACCGUCAUCAUAACCACAAAAUUAUUUCUAUUUAAAUUCAUUUUCAACGACAUUUUUUCGCCGAAAAAAGGAGAAACCGUAAAUUGUCGGGAAAAAUGAAGCUCGAAUGUUGCAUUUGUAACGAUAAACUUGGCGAUGGUGGUCGUCCGGUGUCAUCCACGAAUUGCGGACAUUUGUUCCACAAGGAAUGCAUUAGCGCUUGGUUAACAAAGUCAGUCAAUGGAUCGUGCCCACAAUGCCGUGCCUACGUGCGAGAAGAACAUUUGCGCAACAUUUACUUCAGCAACAUGUUGGACCGUAAUUCGGACAUUUUUAAUUCGAGCAUUGUGGCAAAUUUGCGCGACGUCCAAGAGGAUUUGUGCAUCAUGCAAACCAAUUUGGAACAUCAAAUCCAACAUUUGAAGGUCGACAACGAGGUGUUGAAGGAUCGUGCCGAUGAACUCGCCGCUGAAAAUUUUACAUUGACCCUCAGUGAAACGAAAUUGCAGUCCGACAUCGUUCUGUUGAAGACAAAAAACCGUCUUUUGGUCAAGAAAAACGAUGUGUUGGAGACCGCAAAAGCGUCUAAAAAGGCCCAAAUCGAUGAAUUGCUCCAUCAAAUCAAGGACUUGAAAAACGAAAACCAGGAACUCAAAGCCAAAAAUUCACGUUUGCCGAGAACACGCUCAAAAUUUGGAUCGACCGAUAACAACACACCGAAAAAAUUAAAUCUUCGUCAGCGUAAGCCUCCAUCGGUAGAGGUUCUUGACUUGGACAUGGAUUGAGAUCCGAAAAAUAAAGUCAUUUUCAUUAAUUGUUUGCUUAAUUUUUACUGAUUCAACCGAAAAAUAUGUUUUAAUGUUUUAAAUCAUCUGAAUAAUUCGAAUUUGUAUUGUGUCAUCGCUCAUCUGUAAAAAAAAAAAUCGUUGAAUUGUCUGGAACUAUCCGAUGUGUCGUUUGUCAUGGCUGAACAGUUUUCGUAAUAAAAAUUGACAUUUUCGACUGAGAAUUUUAGAAUCGAAAUAAAAUGGUGUCGUAAGUCUAUUA